CACUUCCGGGGUAGAGUUCAGAAAAUAUUGAUGGUGGCCACAUGCUUGAGGCAGUGCAGUUGUGAACAAACAUAUUGAAAUCUUAUCUGCAGCCACACAAAACCCGCAGAAUGAAGGACACGCCGCUGUCUAACUGUGAGCGGGAUUUCUUGCUCAAAGCCAUCGAAGAGAAAAAGCGCCUGGAUGGACGACAGACCUACGACUACAGAAAGAUGAAGAUCACAUUUGGGACUGACUAUGGCUGCUGCUUUGUUGAUCUGGGAAAAACCAGAGUCAUGGCCCAGGUGUCGGGUGAGCUGGUGGCUCCUAAAGAGAAUCGACCAAACGAGGGAAUCAUGUUCUUCAACAUCGAGCUGUCCCCCAUGGCCUCACCAGCAUUUGAACAAGGCAGACAGUCUGAGUUGUCAGUGAAGCUAAACAGACAGCUGGAGAGAUGCCUGAGGAACUCCAAGUGCAUUGAUACCGAGUCCCUGUGUGUGGUGUCUGGAGAAAAGGUGUGGCAGAUCAGAGUGGACGUUCACAUGUUGAAUCACGAUGGAAACCUGAUGGAUGCUGCCAGCAUCGCUGCUAUCACCGCUCUGUGCCACUUCAGACGUCCUGACGUGGGCAUCCAGGGCGAUGAAGUCACAGUGUACACUCCGGAGGAGAGAGACCCCAUUCCUCUGAGUAUCUACCACAUGCCCGUCAGUGUCAGUUUCUCCUUCUUCCAACAAGGAACCUACCUGCUGGUGGACCCCUGUGAGCGGGAGGAGAGGGUGAUGGACGGCUUGCUGAUGAUCGCCAUGAACAAACACCGAGAAAUCUGCUCCAUCCAGUCCAGCGGGGGCAUCAUGUUGCUUAAAGAGCAGGUUAUGAGAUGCAGUAAAAUAGCCAGCGUCAAAGUGUCUGAAAUCACAGAACUCAUCAGCAAAGCCCUAGAGAACGACAAGAGAGCAAGGAAGGCUGGUGGGAGGUGUGGUUUUGCAGAGUCUAUGCCACAGGAGCGAAUCACAGCACUGAAAAUGGACAAGACCUCAGUGGAGAUGACAGAUGUGUCAGACAGAGCCAAUGACAUUGUCCAGAAAUCCGAGGCCCCACCUCAGACGGUCCCUUCCCCAGUGGUGCCCAUCCCAGGUGUAGGUCAGGUUGGGCAGGGGCUGCAGAACACGUGGGGACUGGAGGAUGAUGAAGAGGAGGAAAAUGGGGAAGAACAGGAUGAAAAAAUAACAGAGAUGGAAGAGGAACAGCAUGAAAAGGAGGAGAGCAGAGGAGGAGAUGUGGUUGAGAUAUCUGACAGUGAAGAGGAGGAAGUGGUCAUACUUCAUCCGGAGACACCAGACAAAACUCCUAAAAAUACAGGAUCCAGUUUCCACCAGAAGAUGGCAGCAACAUCAAAGAAAAGACAGAAGAAAUGAAAGAAGGAUCUACUUGAGCUCAGACCAUAGAUUGUAUAUAGAAGACACAGACACUGCAGCACCUCUUCAUAAUAAAGACUUCUGUCCUGGCUGAAAUUAUUAUUAUAGCUGAAAAUUGGUGUUACAGUACAGAAACACUUCGAAGUGUUGGAUUCUUACUCUUAUAACAUGACAGUCUACUUCUUGUUUGUAGCCAUUUGGAUGGAUUUAGAAUCAGUGUGCCCUUAUCUAGAGAAUGAUUUUUUACAGAAUUCUUUUUAAUAAUGAUAGGAUGUAAAAGGUUUCUGAUGGGUAGGAUCAAAACAUUUCUGACAUUUCAGUUAUGUUUGCAUACUGGUGUAUUUUGUAAGGAAAAAUGGGAUCUGGGGUGCUGAUUGUGAAUCGAAAUAAAAACGAAAAAUAUAUAAAUCUUAAUUUUUCUGUCAGUUUUCUGGUUGGAAACAAAAGCAAUAACAUUUACUUAAAUAAUGCAGCUAUGGAUUUUUCUAUGUAUACAAUUUUUAUGGUGGCAGAAGAACAAGUUGUGGCUUGCAUAUGCAGUACCGCAGCAAUAUGUUUUGUAUUAUUUAUAUGUACUUUGACAUUAUUUCUUUACAUUUGAUAUAGUUUCAGUUAUGUGUACUAGAAAAUGCAGG